AUGAUGAGUGAAGAAUACCAAAUCAAGAAAAGCCAGACAUAUGUCGGCUACAUAUGUAGAACAAUCACUCUAUACCCGGUAUCCACCUCUGAUUUAUACAAUAUUUCCCCACGCGUUUUGAAUGAUAUUAUUUCGGCAAGACAAUCACUCGAUACACGAGCUCGAGACAAGGAAUCAAUGCAAUCAUCGCCUAUGCCUACAACCAUAAUAGAAUCGGAGUUGGAAUAG